AAUGAGUUCUGAUGAAGAAUAAGAUAAUUAUAAUGAAGAUUAGAUCAUUAAUUUGAUUUCUGCCUUGCAAUAGAAAAGUAAUUUGUAAUGAAUAUAAGGUUAGUAAAGACAAAUAGAACAAAUAAUGGUUUAAUGAAAACCAAUAGAACUAGUGAAUCAGAUAAUUGGAAUGAGUUUAGAGAAACUUAAAAAGAAAAACCUUAGUUAAACAAUUUUGGCAAUUCUAAUGAAUUUAGUUUAUAAAGAGAAUAGUCAAAGCACUCUAGUAUAUCAGAGAAUUUAAGUGAUUUUAUUGUGAGAACUGAUAAACCUGUUAAGGAAUCUUAAUAGAAGUCUUAAUAAAUUUAAUCUUAAGACAAUAAUGAAAUAGUAAGUGAAUUCAUAAAUUUUUUAGACUGAAUUAAAAUAGAAGAUGGAUUAUUUAUUAAAUUAAAGAGAGAAAGAUUAGGAGAUGUUGGAGUAGAUUAAUGCAGGAUUAAUGUUUCUGAUUAGUUAGAUUCCAAAGCCAAAAUAAAUGAAUUCAAUUGGAAUAUAGACUGUUAUUUAAAAGGAGAAUUCUUAAAAUUAAUCUACUCCUAAUGUUAAGAAAACAGCCUAAUAAACAGUAUAAUAAAUGUUUUAAGAACCAGACAGAUAUGCAUUUCAAGAGAUUAGAAAUUUUUGUUUUAAGCGGUGAU